UACGUUUAUGUUUUCACAUUAUAACGACCACUAUGCAUGCAAACAUGGUGCUUCUCUGCAAAAUUAUUCUGGAAAGAAGGGACAUCCCAUCAAGAAAGACCCGAGAUUUGUUUCCAUGUUUUCUUCUGCACGGCUAAAACUUUACUCUGUAAAGCAAGUUUUUUUUUCUUGUGGGAUCAGAAUGUACGUUCCUUGUGUUAACCCUUGUGUUUAAGAAAGCUCCCACCCUUUUUGAACAUUGUUCCGCUGCCUCUGAUGCCGGGCUAAAUUGGUAAGAUUUCAAAAAUUGAGUGUUGUUGCACACUACACUGUACGUAUUGGAAUCAGGUGUGGACUGGUACAUACAUUAUAGGCCUACGGCUCUCCGCUAUUUUUAUUUUUAAUCCGCCCAUUUACCACAUGCUUCCCCCGUCGAACUGGAAAACAAAAAUCAGUUAAUAAAAUUUGGACUUCCUUCAAGUAGGAGGCCUUCAAUUAAAAGUGCGGUUUCACACGGGUCUCGCCAUUUCUAUGCCAACUGUAGUGUUUAAUUGGCAUAACUGACUGGUGCCUGGACUACAUCGUAUUCUUUGUCACCUUAAAAGACAUGAUUUUUCUCUCCUUAUAUUCCUCAUUUGUGUGGAUUUAAAUUAAAGGGGCAGGUUAUUUCUAUGUGCUGCAUAUUUUGCGAUGUUGUAUGUUAUGUGGGUGACAAAAUGCUUCCCAAUUUUUGGCAUCUGUGUGCAAUUUAAGUUCGAUUCAAAUGUUGUCUUGCACUGUGUUCCAGAGAUUGCAGGUGAAAAUCCACUUCAUUUAUUCAUUUUUUUCAGUUCAUCUGAAUAAUUAUUAACCAACUAACAUAGUCUGUUUCCCUUUUUAGUUGAAUAGGAUGAAAUGCUUUCCACAAAGCUGUGUACCAUAUCUUCAGGAAUCAAAUCUUUUUUUAAUAGUCACAGAACGUUCCUUUAAGGGGUAUCAUAUUUUCAGAUGGGACUGCCCCUUUAAGCUCUAAUUCCUUUGCUCCAGUCUCUCUCAUCAUUACCUCCACGUGUUGGCAGCUGGUGAAGCGGCUGACGCCGUGGUCGCGCGCCGCGCCAGUCGGCAAAGUGUGACUGAGUGUAAUUGAAAAGUAACCCUGCCAUUACUGGCCGGCCAAGGAUGCAGCAGAAAAAGGAGCGAGAAUGCAUCUCUCAACAGAUUCCAUUUCAAUUUUAGUAGGGGAAAAGAAGUCUAAGCUGGGGAUGAUACGAUGAGAUUUUAUAAAAAUCCUCCGACUUAAUGUCUCCGUGUGCAUGACUUAUGGUCAACUGAUGAGAGGGGCCCACUGCAUCUUUAUAAAUGAACGUAAAUUUGGUUUGACAUAAUGCCCAUCGUGGACUCACAGGGCUUUAUGAAGGGGAUUUAUCAAGUCUUCGUGAACCACAUUUGACAUCAUGGAGGUCAAAAACAUUGAUGACAGUGGAGCGACUGAAAACCAGAUUGUGCAAAUUUGUUAUUUUCUGUUAUUUUACAGCUGCAAGGGAACAAAUGUUUUGUUUCGUUAAUUGGUAAUGUUGUUAAAUAUUAACUGACAUUCCCCAAAUUCCAUGAGUUUAAACUGUAUGUGUCCUUCAUGGGUGUUGUAUUACUGUAUUAGGCAAAUAAAAUCUACUCUGGUUUAUUUUUUCUGUAAUUUAUUUUUUUCUUGAUAAGUACACUGUAUUGUUUUAAGGUUCAGCUCACUGUACAAGUACAUAGCACAUUUAGGCCAACAUGUUUUUCAUUAAUUUUAAUGAACAAGUGCAUGGAUUAGGGCCCUCCCACAUUGCACAGAGCCACCACCCACAUUAAGGUUCCUGCACUUUCUGUUCCACCCCUCCCCCAGAAGAGGACCACAUUUUAUUCCCAUUCAGUUGGGCCAUUUCAACAGGCCCAGGGGCUCCCUGCAGUGGUUUGUUGAUUAAUUACCAAUCCAGGUCAGGUGUCAAUUAGCCAGAGACCAACUUGCCUGAGUGAUUGAUUGACUGAUUAGAGCCCCCUGGUCUCAUUAUCCAUCCUGGCCAGUCAGGUUGUUAUCCUCUCAAACCUUGCCCAGUUUCUUAUUAAUUUGCUGAUGAGUCUUGAGUUUCCCUUGAUUAAUAAUCUAUCCAAGACAAUUGUGUCAGGCAAACCUGGAGAUUGAAACAUUGGUUUAAAUAACCCUGGACAUUUGCAUCAGUUAUAGGAACAGUGGAAAAAAGGAAUAACUGGUUUCUAGAAUCUAUAUUUUUCAGAGAAUUUGAAUGAAAAGCUCAAGAUCAAAAUCAUGAAUUCCUCUGAUGAAAUAGCUGGGAAAAGACAAAGGUCAGAUGAAAUAUAUGCAUAUGUGGCUGAAUCUAAGGGGGAAAAUAUCAUUUACUAUUUAAGCGUUACUUUAAAAUGUUAAUUUUUCAUUUUUUUUAAAGUUUGGGUUCCAUUUUUUUGUGUUGCUGUCAAUUAUAUUCUUGACGGACAAUAUUCAGUAUAUUAUUCUUCAACUGGUCAAAUUGCAGAUAAGAUUUUCUGCGAUUAAAGCUGUGUACAUGUGUGAGUAUUUUGAGCUUGGUUGAGAAGUAAUUUUGGAAUGGAAGCAACCGAGAGUUAAUGAGAUUGAGAACCGCUUUGUUUGGAUAGAGAGUAGAGCAAACAGUGACCAAAAGAAAAAACAUGUCAGUGGAAAAGAAAAGGGUCUGCGGGUAGCUUGGAAGAGAGAGACAUAUUUUCCGUUAAUUACAACGAAUGCCAGGAUGCCUGCCGUUUGCUCAGUCAUGAAAAGUCAUUGCGUCUUCUCAAAUUUCAUCAGUAAUUCGCCCCCAUCCAAGCGGGCUAAAAUGAAAUUAUUGGCAGCCAGUCAAGCAGAAGGUAGUUGGGAAGGGGGGAAUUCAAAGCCAACAAAUUCUCCCCCCCCCCCCAAAAAAAAAUUUGCCUAUACACAGAGACCCUUUCUCUCGCAACCAUCUGCAAAAAAAUUUGAUCAUGAAACUGCUGGUCCGGCACUUUAUUUGCUCAGUAGACGUGGCGAGAAGGGAUGGCACCGGGGCACCAGAGGAAAAACAAAUAUUAACCUUUGUAUUUCUUGCAGGGCAGGAAAAAAAAUCACAUGUGCAAGAAAUUUUUGGCAAUAGGUGGCCCAAAUGUUGCCAGUGUAGCCAACAGUUAAUUGUCUUGUUCGACCAGUGUUAUCAAAGAAAUGUUUGAGAACUUGCAAUAAAACAGUGCAAUUUAAUUGCACGGGGUGGUAGGCUGUGGACACAAGCAGUGCACUGGAUGAGUCCAUUCAGUCAUAGGGGAGGCAGGUUUUUUGUGAUAAUUACAAGCUUUUGAUUGGUUGGAGACUUCAAUUGAUCAGACAGGCAUGGGAACUCAGUAGCACAGUGCACAGCUGAAGUGUGGAGAUCACCUGCCAUGGUACUAGAUGUGUAGUCCCUUUAUUGCCAUUGGUACAACUGUAAAGCAAGGAAACAACAACCUUAAUGAUUUCAAAUUCUAUAAAUGUAAAAAAAAAUGCAUAUAUAUUUAGAACUGGUAUUGCCGUUGCAGAUGCUGGAAUUUUCUGUGUUGUACAGAAUUGAACAUAGAUCGACAACACACAGAGUUAGAGUUUGCAUCGGAAGAGGUUAUUGAUAUACAUACAUGAAAGAAUGACUGGUGGAUUUCUUGUCAAGUUUUCUGAAGCACAGCAAACUGCAAUUGGAUUCUUCAGGUUCUGACAAAUCCAACAUUUGAAAAAGGAUUUGCUGGUGGAGAGGUGCAUGUUCGUAUAUACAUUGCACUCAGAGCAACUCCAGAACCCUCCCCAGUGUGAGAUUGCGAACCUAGUUAACUAUGGGUUACCUGAUAGUGACGUUGCGUUCCAUACUGUGGACUGUCGUCAGUAUUGGCAUUGUCGUAAUGCACGUCUUUGCCGUCAUCAACCCAGACUGGCUGCUGCGGGACGACAGGUCCCUCACAGCCACGCUCGUGUCGACCACACCGGAGGAUGCUCCAUCGAACACAACAGGGUCGUCGCUGAGACCAGACUCGUAUGUCUCCGUCACACAGAGCUCAGCCCACGGGCUGCUUACACUGUGCCGAGAGAGGUACUCGCCGGGCGGCGUCUUGCACUACGCGACUGGUGCAGCCCAGGAAUGCACCUGGAUCGCCAGUUUCUUUGACCUGCCGAUUUGGCUGUGGAUGUUGACUGUUGUUUUCUACUGUCUGGGUCUAGCCAUUCUGGGGUUUAUCGCCAUUGUGUCAAUCUUCACCUUCUGUUUUAGGAGCAUCUGCAAGAAAAGCAUCUUCACUGUGUCGGGACUCAUACAAGCAAUUGCAGGUCUUCUCAUCCUCCUGGGCCUCGUGGUGUACCCAGCGGGCUGGGGUUCGGAUGGAGUCAUUGAGCUUUGCGGCAUGGAUGCUGCCCCCUUCCAGUUGGGAGCGUGCUCACUAGGCUGGGCAUUCUACGUCGCUGUGGCGGCCACGUUCCUCACCUUCGCCUGCUCGGUGCUGUCCGUGCAGGCUGAGAUCGCCACCUCCAGCGAUGACGUUCAGGACGAGAUACUGAAAGGGAAAUAUGUCAUCUGUCUGCCCUGACGACAGACCAGUACUCAGGUGUUAAGCAGACCAAGGAGCAUUGACUGAGCUGUGUUUAAUUUUUUAAAUCCGCACUAAUCACGCAGGCAGAAAAAAAAUUCCACUCAGAGCUAAUUUUUCACGGGCUUUAAUACGUAGGAGCCCGUCCUCUGCCAAAACAAGCAGAUCACUCCCAAGAACAUGUAGCAAUACAGCUCUUUCAAAAAUGCCACUGGCAUGGUGAAAGUUUCAAGCUGUAGAAGCCAAGACAUAAACCACCAAGAUUUAGACAACCACUCCUUGGACUAAAAUAAAAAAAUAAAUAAAUAGGAGCCAAAUGCUUUGAAGUCCUGACAUACCUGAAUCACUUAACUGAAUUUUUUUGUAUAAAAAUAAAAUGUAGUUUUCUGUACAUAUCUUAAUGUCCACAACUGAGAAGGCAAACAUGCAGCAGUGUUUUUCAGACAGAAGUAAGUCAAUUCCUGCAUGUUUCCUACACUUCUGUACUCUUCAAAUUAAAGGCGACAAUCAUAGAAUAGUGUAUGUGAACGAAACAUUCCCCAAGUGACCAAGAAAAUAUUUGAAGGUUGCGCACGUACAUAUAUGUAAUAAUUUAACAUUUACAAUCUUCUGUUUCAGUUUUUUUUUCGGGGGGGGUUGUUUUUUGGGCAUUUUUGUGGUGGAGGCGUUGGGGUCGGCAAAGGUGAAAUGGUAUGGAAAUUCUUGUGAAUAACCUGAAAGAGGUUCGGAAGUUUACAUGGCAUUGUCGUGGCAUGACUAAACAAACUCACGUCCACUCUUGAUUGGUGAUAACAAGUCCCUGAGCUGAUAACCCCAGCUGUAGAGGUCACUGUGACAUAUCUGUUCUACCCCAGAAAAUGAGAGAAUUCCAAUGCAGAAUGCAUCAGAGGUUUUGGGAUGAAGCUAUAUUCAAAAUAUUUAGCGCAACACAAUUGUCAAAACAACUCUUUUUGUAAAUAUGCAAAACAUUUGUAUCAGAUGUUAUCUGUCUGCAUUUUCGUCAGUGUGGAACAGUACUUGUUUUAUUUUCCAGUUUAUUUUAUAUUUUUUUUUGAAGAAUGAAGAGUGUUUCUGAUUGAUGCAAUUAAUCUUAAUUUUUUUCAUUAAUUGGGAUUAGUUCAUCUGACUGAUAAAUGAGGAUAGAGAAAUAUUGAGGCGUGAUUUUGGUUUACUCUGCUGCGACAAGCAACAUAAAGGCUGAAGAAUUAAUGGACGUCAUGCCAGGUCGUUCCAUUCAAGGAUGACUUUGAUUCCAAAACAGGGAAAGUUAUCACCAGUGAACAUUUGAAAACAGUUUCUUGAGAUGGUUUCCUGUGCUCCCCGUCGCCCAAAAUAUAUUUGGCUUCGUACUCCACGUCUGCUGAGCUUUAUUAUACAAAGGAACAUUUUUUAAAAAGUUUCCCGUUGGCUGAAUCAAACAAUGCACGUACAUAUACGCACAGUCAUCAGGCAGGUUUUGUACAACAUGCAUCAUCUUGUCAAUUUUAGUUUAUUUUUCAAACAUCGUAAAUAUUAAUAAAUAUAACAGAGUCCCUGAAGCAUAGGACUCAGGCCUGCAACAUGAACUAUGAGAAUUUUUUGGGUAAGGUAGCUUCAGAGCCAUAUGAAAGAAAUUACUGUCAAAGAGACAAAAGAAGUUUCAGCUUGGCUCCCUGCACACCCCUACGGGUUUCUUUCAAUCGAUUCAUGUUCUGUA